UCUCUCUCAAGAAUAGAAACGAGAAAGCAGAAGAGAGUAAUUCAUAUAAUGCAGUUAAAACAAGCUCAGCCAAUCAGAAAACACUAAUAUUUCAGGAUUAUGGCACUGAUAAUGUAAACCUUGUAGUACAAUCUCCAUUAUGUAAGGAUUUCAAAACUAGAAAAAAAGACAAAGAAAAAGCUAAACCACAACUAGAUGAUAUUACACAACAUGAGGCUUUGGCUAAGAUUUUUAAAAAGCUCACAAAAAUUGAAAAAGAUUAUGAAUUAAUCUUUUUAUUGAGAGCAUUAGCUCCUAAUCGCUCCUGA